AACCCGCGCAUGGUUUUAUUUCAGGCCGCCGUCGUGGAGUUUAAACCGAGGUUAACUUACGAAAUUGUUUUCUUCACGAUGUGAGCUGGGUUCAGUGUUAUCAGCCUCAGGGUGGCUCCUACAUUAUCGCUUUGAGAAAGGCAGGGGCCGCUACCAUGAGCUGAGCCUAUGGGAUACUUUAGUGGUAAUCAUUACUCAGCUAUAUCAGCUAAUCAUCGUUACUCAGCUUAUCUUGAGUCAGGAUUUAAAUGGAUCUGUGUUUUGAAUAUUGGAUCUGCGGUUACGUUGUUGAUCAUCACCACUUUAUCAGAAAAGCAAAAUGGCCCUCAAUGUCUUCGAUCAUGAUGAAUACAGACCACCAGUGUGGAAGUCCUACUUGUAUCAGCUCCAGCAGGAGGCGCCUCACCCACGCCGACUCACCUGUACCUGUGAGGUGGACAACCGACCAAAAUACUAUGGCAGAGAAUAUCAUGGGAUGAUCUCGAGGGAAGAAGCCGACCAUUUGUUGAGCCAGGCUGAAGGCAGCUACCUCAUCAGGGAGAGUCAGAGGCAACCAGGGACCUACACACUGGCUCUAAGGUUUGGAAACCAGACCAAAAACUUCCGUCUCUACCAUGAUGGUAAACACUUUGUUGGAGAGAAGAGGUUCGAGUCCAUCCACGACCUGGUCACAGACGGACUCAUCACUCUUUACAUCGAGACCAAGGCGGCCGAGUACAUCGCAAAGAUGACCAUAAACCCCAUCUAUGAACACGUGGGCUACACCACUCUGAACCAGGAGCCCACGCUGAAGAAACACAUUCCUCACAGCCCCGAGGCCCCUGACGGACCUGCUCCGGCCAAAGACGACUGCAAUGCAGAGGAGAGGCUCACUUCUCUGGUGCGACGGGCGACGCUGAAGGAGAGUGACUUGGCGCCCAAGUACGAGAAGGUCCACAACUUCAAGGUUCAUACCUUCAGGGGCCCUCACUGGUGUGAGUACUGCGCCAACUUCAUGUGGGGUCUCAUCGCGCAGGGAGUCAAGUGUGCAGACUGUGGCUUGAAUGUCCACAAGCAGUGCUCCAAAGUGGUUCCUAACGACUGUCAGCCAGACCUGCGCCAUGUCAAGAAGGUGUACAGCUGCGACCUGACCACUCUCGUCAAAGCCCACAACACCAAGAGACCCAUGGUGGUCGAUAUGUGUAUACAGGAAAUCGAGCAAAGAGGUGUUCAGUCAGAGGGCUUGUACAGAAUAUCAGGCUUCAGUGAGCUUAUCGAAGACGUCAAGCUGGCGUUCGACAGAGAUGGAGAGAAGGUUGAUAUUUCUUCGAGUGCUUACGAGGACAUUAAUAUCAUCACUGGAGCUCUAAAGCUCUACUUCAGGGAGCUGCCCAUCCCGCUCAUCACAUAUGACGCCUACCCACGCUUCAUAGAUACAGCUAAAAUUACUGACCCAGAAAAACGGCUGGAGUCUCUCCACGAGGCCUUGAAACUGCUGCCGCCAGCUCACUGCGAGACUCUGCGAUACCUCAUGGCUCACCUCAAAAGGGUUAUCCAAAGUGAGAAGGAGAACCUGAUGUCCAGUGAGAACCUGGGCAUCGUCUUUGGCCCCACGCUGAUGAGGUCGCCCGACCUGGACGCCAUGACGGCCCUCAACGACAUCAGAUACCAGAGACUGGUGGUGGAGAUGCUCAUUACCAACGAAGACGUGCUGUUCUGAGGGGAACAGAGGAACGCGGACAUUCUUCUUCUGAUGACGGAGGAGGACAUAUGUUCAUACAAGUAUGCACUAACCUCCUUUGGGAGACGGAGAAGAGAGAAAAAAAUCAUUACCUCUUUUAAAAAUGAAGGUUGGACGUUGCAAAAAUGAAUGACUAACGUGGGCAGUGAAGGAGUAACUGAAUGAAGGAGGAACAAUUCAGCAUUUCCAUACAUUUCUAAUGAAGUGCAACACAACAAAUUAACACACUUGAAGCUUGAUAAAUUAUAAUAUUUCACUGGUAGAAGAAUGGAUGUUUCUGUCAUACAUGUGGGGAUGAUACAAGAAGAAAAGUUUCAUAUCUUCUCAUCUUAAAUAGAGGCCUUGACAGUUUUUUGUUUUUGCUGUUGCUCUACUCCAUCAUGCCUUUUUGUUUUGGUCAAGCUCAUGAUCACAUAGGUUUUGUAAAAUCCUUGCCUGGCGUUGGAGAAAACGGCCACAAGGUGAUUAGAAAGUGCCCUCUAGUGGUCACACGCGUUGUGACAGUUGAUGAAUGAAGGCUUCAAUGAAGGAAUGAAAGAACAAACAAAGUAACCGAUGUGAAUGGACCUAUGACGUUAUUUUUUCUCAUCACUCCAUCAACUGAUGUGUAGGUAAACACUAAGAUGUAUAGAAUAUAUUAGUCGCUAUCAUAAAAAAACGUUCCUUGACCUUUUUUUUUUUUGAUGUCACAACACUUGAAAUGUUUGCCACUGGAGGUCGACGAGUACUUACCCUCAGCACUGGAGCAGUAAUUGGACUCUCUUUAUUUUGUGGCUGUUUUGAACCAGUUCUUCUUUGCACAUCUGUCAACUAAAAUCAGUAUUAAAAUCAUUAAGAGGCCUUAGUAUUUUAUUGAUAUGAGGUGAAUAUGAACGUUUUACACACUCCUGUGAAAAUGCCUGGUUGUUUAAUUUUUACGAUUUUUUCAUCUCUAAUGCUUUUUUUUUUUUUUCAAAAACAUAGCAUGUUAACAAAUACAGCAUUUUUUACUUCUUUCAUUGAUUCAAAUCAUUGCUUUAAUUUUUUAUUUUUUUCAUCUCCUUUACAGAUGCUAACAGUAGUUUUUCAGCUAUUGAAUUUUAGAGUAAAGUGGCAGUUCUAGCUGGAGAAAAUCAGACCCAACACAGUCCUGAAUUCUACUUUUGUUUUUUUGAGAUAUAUUUUUAGAGACGGGGCCAAAAUGUUGGCACGCCACUUCUCCCACAUCACUCUCUUCGACUGGCUUAAAUAUAACUUUUUGUUUACUUGUAGGAAGCAAUCUAGACAUGUAGCUCUACAAUAUGGCAAUGGGAGCCUUUCCCACUCACCAGACGAUGUUGAAGUUUUUGAAAAUUUACCAUUUUCAUUGCAUUCUAUGGUAAUUUGGAGGUCUUGAAAUUUAGAAUCUGACCUUCUCCAAAGAGUUACCUUUAAAAGACAAUUACGUAACGUCUCUGCCGACCUUAGCUUUGCUAUGAGAUGCAACAUGUCAAGAAAAGGCAAGAAAAUGUUACUACAACAGCAGAACUUAAAAAAUUUACUCAUUUCAAAUAUGCAAAACAGUGUUAUGUUGUGAAUUUUGCUCGUCCCUUUUCCAAAGCAGUAUUUGUACUUGAUCAGUAUUAUAACACAGACGCAGACUAAAAAAACAGAUUGAUUUGAGUGUUGUUGUUUUUUUGUUUGUUUGUUUGUUUAGUAAGUAUUAAAUACCACAUUAUGCAGCAAUUAAAUGUUAUCUCCCCUCAAAAAAACGAAUCAAUUUCAGUAUAACAACAGCACAUAGUGGAAAAGUUGAACAUUUGGGGGAUUUUGCUCACAGAUGGUGAAGUAUUUGAUUUUGUCAUGAUAACAUCAUUACAUUAUUGGAGCAGGUUUUGCCAGGAUGUACUAGUACAUUUGCACGUGGGGUGUACAACGGAAGCCAUGGGUAUACAAAGUCACCACUAGAUGUCACUUAAACUCUCAUCUGCUAAACUUUUUCAAUUGUAACGGUUUUCAAAUUUUCAAAUUUAAUGUGCUGGUUGACUGAGCCACAUUUGUGGGACUCCAGCUGUGACAGUCAUUUGAACUGUGAAAUACUGAGAUAUAAAAUAGCUUUCUCAUCAACACUGAAGGCCAGUUAUAGUUGCUGUAUAUAUGGUUUUGACUUUGACUCUGCCUUCAACAGACGGUGGAGUUGUCAUUACAGUCCUAGUUUAAUUCUCAAAGCUGUACAUUUUUUGGGAAGGUGUUGCUAAUAUCUGUGAACAUUCUCAUUCAUUUAAGUAAUUUUGGUAUAAGGUUUAAAGUAACCAACUUGUCUUGCUCAAGUUGCUUAGAAGACAUUUUAGCUCCUCUCCCAGGUGCUACAUGGCUUCUGCCUGCUGCACCUGGUGUUUAGCCUCUGAACAGUGUGUAAUCAGGUUUUGACAAAAAUUGAUAUCUGGGUUUAAGGAGUGAAAAGAUACCUUGACGUCAAGUGAAACAUCUUCAAGAAACUUCAGAACUUUUUUACACUGGUGCCAAAUGGAAUGGGCAGGAGUGAAAUCUUCCUCCUCAUUUAAAACAAACAGACAAACAACUAUCCUUCAUUUACUUUCACCCCCAUUUCUGUCGGGGGACCUGCCAAAAUACACUAGACAUUCUUCAUUCAUGAAAAGAUGGUCAAAUCCAUCACUGCCAACUAAAUCAGUGAAGACAUGCUGUGAUUGUCAGAGUCAAAGGCAUCAGGUUAGAUGUGAUACAUGAUGACUGUCAGCAAUGCCUCAGUUGAUCACACAUCUCUUCGUUGUUUUGCUGUUGUUUCCUGUCUGUUCCUUUCAUCAUCAGUACUAACUGUCAUCGAUCACAAAUGCUAAGACUUCCUUGACGUGAUAUCAUUGCUGUAAAAGGAUUUUCUAUGUGGUUCAUGCAUGGUGGAAAUAAAUUAUUAAAUAUA